AGGGCCGGCGCCGUAGUGUAGUCCAAUCCAAAAUCCCCGGCUGUGCACUGCCCAAUGCCCAUCAAGUGUAAAAGAUUCCUUGAUACAUACUACUCACUAUGCCCUUACCAAGUCCCUAUCAAGAGGUCUAAGACAACUUGAGCUCCCUCCUACAACAGAAACAACGUCAUAUAUAUCCAACUUCGAUUAUGUCGGUCGCUAUACCCGGUGCAGACCAACCCGAUGAAAAUCGAGGACCCCAUAUUGCUGGGGUCGUGGUAUCGACAACUCUAGCUGCACUGAUCGUCGUUUGCGCAAGGAUGUACGUCCGCUUACGAAUGAUUCGGGCUUUUGGGACAGAUGACAGUGUUAUGCUCGUAGCUAUGCUGAUAUCCCUUGUUGGAAUGGGAAUCAUUAUCGCCGAAGUUCACUAUGGAGCAGGUCGCCACGCUGCGUAUCUUGAUCCCAAAGUCAACAGAUUUGGCCUCAAGUUAAACUUCGCCACGCAACCAAUAUACCUAUGGGCUAUCUCAACGGUGAAAGUAUCGGUGGGAUUCUUUUUGUUCCGCAUCAGCCCUAACGUAUACUACAAGCGAAUAUUGCAGGGCGUCAUGACGUUUCUCAUGACGUACACUUUCGUUUGCUUUAUGACGUUGAUGUUACAAUGCAAAAACCUUGCGGUAAUUUGGGACUCUCGUAUUCAGACGACGUGCUGGCCACAGUUGACAAUCCAAGCAUUAAGCUACGCCAAUGCAACUAUCAGCAUUAUUACAGACUUAUUCUUUGCGCUCUUGCCAAUCCCAAUGCUUUGGAAUGUCAAGAUUAAUGCUCGUACCAAAGCUUCGCUUAUGUGUAUAUUUGGUCUCGGUAUCUUCGCAUGCGCCGCGGCCAUUGUCAAAGCUGUCUUUAUUUCAAACUAUGGAAAAACUGGUGACUUCUUGUGGGACUCAGCCAACUUAACCAUAUGGAUCGUGGUCGAAACAAACACAGGAAUCAUCGCCGCGUCUCUACCAUGUAUAAAGCCGAUGUUCAAAACCAUGUUACACAGCUCUCUUCGCUACGGAUCGUAUCGAAAGAAAGACGCAUACAAUCUCCACGGUUAUGCUCACGGUACAGGCCCUAAGGAAUCCAAUCAUUCACAUUCCCAGACAAGGACGGAGGUAGACGCCCAACGCGUAGCUAUUCCGAAAAGCUUGGCAACCAAUAUAUGCGAGGAGAGCAUACUGACACAGAAGACUAAUGAAAUUACCAAGCCAACCGCUGUAACGAUCGACCGAAGCGGCGAAGAAAGCGGCGAAAUAUCAGGAUGGCAUGAGGAUUAUCCUGAGCGGGCGGUUGAAGAUAGAUUAUAACCAUUUUAGUCGAACAAUAUUGGGACACAUUGGUAAGCAUAAUACAUUAAUUCGAUUGGUUCGUUUGAGCACCAUUGAAUCGGCUUCUUUUUCAUUGAAGGGAUAUGAUCAUCACUCGUAUAUGAAGGACUCAGAUCCUAUGUCAGUAAAUUCUGGCGGUAAACUACCCCCUCCCCUCCACCCCCAAAAAAACCCGAACUACUCAAGUUACGUUAAUCAGAUCUGGAUGAAAUAACUGGUAGAGAGAUGAAGUUGUAUGGGGCAGGUAUAACCCCCUGUUCAAGUCUCUACAUGGGUGUCUCUACAUGGGUGAUGCAUAUAUCUAGUACACCCUUGGCUCUGUUCCUAAAUAAUAUAUUAUUCCA